AUGCCCGGAUUGGCGUUCGCUCCUCUCGUCCACUCGCUCCCGUCCCUGCCCUUGCUCGAACUCUUGACCAUGACUCUGUUCCCAUUGAGCUUGAGCCUGAGCCUGCUGCCCCAAGAACCGCCCAUUCGUCGACGUCCGGAACUCAAAGAGCCUAAGGCCAAACUUGUUCUUCCCGGUGGUUCCUCCCGGUCAUGCAGACCUGCUGGUGUCUUCAAAUCAGACGGUAACCCAUUAGCGGCGGCGGGACGGGCGGUAUACGGACCGUUCAUCGGCCUGGACGUUGAAGAAGGUCGUUCGCGGUACGAGGUGCUUCAAGCUGUUGACGCGUUGACGGGGGAGAUUUGCAUCUUGAGGCCUGAUGAGCGAACCGUGCCUCUGAUCACUCCUGGAUCACUCAACGCAAUGCCCGUUACGCUGCGCUGUCUUGUCCUCCCCACCGACGAUCCAGAAUCAAGUUCAUUCGUUACUAGAAUCGAUGGCGACCACCUUGUGCACCAUUCCAAUGGGACAAAAAUCAUUGAAUCUGUUCGACUAGAUGGUACCGAUGUUCGUAUAUCCCGCAUCAAGGGUGACUGCCUAGUUUCACAGCUAUCGAUUGCGGGGUCUUAUUUACACAUCUUGGCCCAAACACCAGGCGGUCUCGCGGUGCAUACGUCAACUGAUAUUCACUCUGCCCUUGAAGAAGACUCCGGCCACCUUCGAAACGAGCUCGUUUUACCAGGCCGGAAGGACGCCCUUUGGAAGAAGGACGAAGCUUGGACCAAGAUCGCUCGUGUUGUUGAAGGACGUGUACCAAAUCCAAGUGCACUUGGGGAGGCCCAAGAAUUUGAUCUGUAUUCACCUGACGAGGUUAAAGUUACGACCAUCGAUCUCGUCUAUCUUUUAAAGUGGACCCCAGACGAUGCAAUUUGGAGUCCCAUUCCUAUCUUCCUAGUUCGAGGCGAAUACACCGAACUCGAAAUUUUUUCGGCGUCACAAUCCCAGCACGUUCUCCUUUUAGGGCAACCCGGCAUUGGAAAGACCGUAUACCUGAUGUACUCUCUUCUCAGACGACUCAUUGCUGGUUUACCCACCAUUUUCGCAAAAAGUCCCAUCAAUCGUUACAUAUUUCUGGAUUCGGGCGUCUACUGGAUCCCACAUGACUCCUUCGCGAUGUCUUGA